CGCACGCAACACAAGUCAUGGCAGCUAAGGCGGCAGUUUUAGGGAAGUCCAAACUGAGAAGUAAACGAUCAAAAUAUGGAUCGGGAUUACACGUACAUGUAUUGGUGGCGGAAGCACUUACAAUGCUGGAUGAGGACACACCUGUUAGUGCUUGCUUUGACCACGAGGAUUGGGCAUGGCUUGUUGUAAGGCGAAAAUUGUUUGUGUGGAAACACAGUGGUGAGGAAGUGGCUAAGUUGCAGUGCAGCGAGCUGACACUACCUGCGAGUGAUCUCAAUCAUCAUGCCAGGCUGGCCUGUGUCUUCCCAAACCCCAAUGACACCGUCUCUAUGAGUGUAAUGGCUGUGUCGCCUGAGGGCAUCAUACGCUACUGGGAAAACGUGUCCAGAGAAGACCGAUAUGUUGACGUCAAUGCCGACCUUCAGGGUCAGGAGGGUCAGUUGCUUAGUGGAGCACUGCCAUUAGGCUGCCUCCUCGCCACUACCACUGGUGAUUUACUCCUUCUUACACCCAUUGAUGCAGGAAGACAGAUGACGGUGCAGUGCCGGGCCGUUGGAAGACCUCGAGGCAUGCUAGCAGGAUUCGGGCGUCGUAUGUCCUCAUUAAUAUUUGGCGGCACAGGAUCACAAGCGGAGGGUGUGAAAGUUCAGUCAGUGUUGGUGUCGGAUGGGGAGGAUAUGGAUGGAAAGUUUCUACAUAUUCUAACUGGAGGGAAGCUGCAGAAAUGGGAGCUUUGGGACGAUGGCGAGAAGCUUCUGCUGGAAUUUGAUGUGGAAACAGCUCUGGCUCACUGCCUGUGUCAGGUAGUUUAUGAUGAUGAAUGUGAUGCUACAGAGUUAAAAACCUGGUUGUUGGAUAUGCAAGUGAAUAGAGAUGGUGUGACAAUUCUUGCUGCUGGUUGCAACAACUACCAAGCUGUUUGCAAAGUUCACUAUGCUUUCUGUUCAGUGGCUACCAAUCGGGGUGUUCCUGUUGACUUUUCAAUGUUUACAGUUACAAAACACAACACUUUGUACCAGCCUGGAAGAGAGGAUGAGAUCCACAGCCACAGGUUUCUGCUAUCUGACCCCUUUUCAAGUUCUGCUUUUAUUUAUACUCCAAAUACGGUGCUGUGUACUUCAGCAACCAUCCAUGGUUACGAAAUAGAGAAGACAGAGUUUAGCUCACUGGGGGAGCGAAUCCUGGGUGCAGGGUCUGUUCACAAACAGGCUGUGUUUUUCACUACAACCCGGGCAUUUGUCACCUUGCAACCAUCUUCUCAGUUGGAUAUCAGUGGGAAUCUAUCAUCAAUGACAGUAGCUGAAGAUAGCUGGAGGAAUGAGUCGGCAUUGAUGUCAAUCGUUGGCGACGAUCAGCUCCAUGACAUGAGCAUCAGUGAAGACAAGACGAGUCGCCUGAAGGCUGCACUGUUGCACUUUGUAAGACGAAACAUGAGAGAUGCUCAGGCUAUUGUUGAGGAUGUUCUACCCUCUACAAUGACAUCCGCACCUGAUUCGCUAUUGGACAAAAUCGUCAUCUCGCUUGGGCAGCAGCUGUUGGACGAUUUUCCUGCCUUGGACCCUAGGUGGGCAGAGUCAAUUCCACAAGACGUGAGUUCGACGUCAACGUCUCUCAUCCUCAUGCACCAGCUGGAGGACAAGCAGAAAGCUCACAAGUAUUUCGUCACCUUUCUCCGGGAGAUCGGCAUUUGGGAACGGAUGUGUGGCGUUACGGAAGCACGGCAGAUGGCACCGACGUGCCUCGUACUGAGAGAGCACACCGAGAAACUUGUCGCUGCAAAUGUUCUCCGGGGUCUUCACACCAUAUAUCCAUCGGUUGUAGACAGCGGCAUACGUAAGGUUUUGUCUAAGCGCCAGACGGUGUCACCUGGAACAGCUUUGACACCACAGGACCUGUUCUACCGGGAGGUAUCCAGGAUAGAUGACAUAUUCUGGGGUCUGGUACAGGUGGAACUGGAGCUAAUAGAGUCGUCCGACGUCUCGUCCGUAGACUGCAUCACGUUCUUGUCGCACACAAACACAAUAUUCGAGGGUGUUUUGAAGGAAGUAGCUGAUUGUCGUGCAGCACAGGCCACCAUGUUUGUGAAUAGCACAGUAGAACAGUACAAAGACUACGUGCCUUGGACGGCGCGAUCAGGCACCACUGGUCUCCGAUCACUGCUGACCAAGCAGCACAAGCUCACAGUCGAGAAUGGCAUCCCAGAGUCGAUGGACUCCCACACGCGAUCCGCCCUCGUGCGCCAGCUGGUUAACCUCUCUGACAACAUUUUAGCCGGCUAUGCCACGCAGGUGGAAGCGCUAGGAGUAGACGUGAGCGUUGAACGACGCAGAACAUUGAAGAAGAAGUACGAGAGUGAAAGAUAUCGACUCAUUCAGCCACUACUGCAGUGUGAAGCAUAUGAAGAGGCGAUGUUUCUUGGUGAGAAGUACGCCGACUUCCGUGUCCUUACUCAGAUGUGUGAGCUGACGGACAACGAUGACAGACUGCAGAGAUACAUGACCCAGUUCUCGCAAGAAGGUUUCGCACAGUUUGUGUUCGCCACGUACGUCGCGGAGGGCAAGCAGGCGCGGCUGUUCUCGCAGCCGGCGGCUCACGACGCCGAGCUGACGGCGUUCCUGCAGCUGCACGGCAGCCUGCGCUGGAUACACGACGUCCACACGAGGAACUUCAUCGGGGCUGCACAGACAUUAAAGACGCUCGCCAUCGAGGAGCAAGCCAACUUGCCAAAGAAGAAAACACUUCUAAGCCUCAGUAAACUGGCAGCAUUAGCCAGUGAUGAGCCAGCAGGGGCUGUUGAGGAGAUUGUGGAUGUGGUAAACUUGGAGCAAGACAUUGUAUUGCACCAGGAGGGACUUCCACUGGAAGUUCUAACCGCAGAAGGCCUAGACAAAGGUAUUAUGCCUGUGCUGACACCAGAAGAGCUCAUCGAGGUGUACAUUGGCGAGGCAAACGUGAGGGCAAAUGAGUUUGACUUCAAAAAGGCAUUGGAUCUGCUCGAGUUUAUCCCUACAACAGAUCUUCAGAGACAAAGUAUGAUUGAUGAUUUAAAGUUGAAAAUAUGGUGUGCAGCUAUUCUACAAGAUAGCUGGGAUGAUAUUGAAACUGACGGCUCACUCGAAGGUAUCAAGGACACCAUUCUGUUCCGAACAAUAGAACUGGCUUCCCUAGAUGGCCUACCUAUGGACGGGUAUCUACCUUCAGUACAAAGCCUGCUCAGUUGUGAAGAGUUAGGAGAUCUACGACACAGUGCCGCCUUUAAGUACCUUGUCCAGGCUGGGUACGAAUAUCUACAGGCCAAGGAGACCAGAGCUCGCACGCCUUGAGAAAAACCCAGGCUAGCUAAUGUUGCACUGGGAAGGUGACGAAAAGAUGUCCGCCUGACUUAGUAGAACAGAAGCAGAGAAAUUGAUUCUUCGGGCUGUUUUUCGUAAUGUUUUCAUGUUAUUUGUAAGUUAAAGAUUUCAUUGUCGUGGACAGGAGUUUGGAUAGAAGGGACUCAUGUUGCCACCGAUUAGUUUGUGCAUACUGAAUAUAAUGUAUGGAAUUUCUAGGAGCAAUUGUACAUUUAGCUAAGUGUCAUAUGACAUUUGUAGCAUAGCAAACCUCCGUACUUAAUAAGAUCUUGUAGUGUAUGUUUCCUGUCUAAAUUCUAGAAGUUACUAUCUUAAACAUUAAAUGGAAUGUACGGCGGUGUCAGCUUUUUUUCAGAAAUUCAACUGGAAAUAUGAUGUAUAAGUAUGUAUAUAAAAAUUCAAAUCUACUUGA